GCGCUGCUCGGUGUAUUUAUUAUACCACCCCACACAGGAAUAGAAUAUACACUUAAACUAGCUCCUGCUGCAUUUUCUGCUCAAUUAAUAGUGUAUUAAACAACAAACAAUGUCCGCCUACUCAAGUACUUCCACCAGCCAGCCCACUGGAACAGGAGCAUCGGACUUGGACACAGAAUCCGUAGAAGUACUGCGGGAGCGGCUGAGCACCAUGAAGCGCCUGAUGGCCGAGCGCACGGCCCAGCAGCAGAAUAAUCCUGCAUCCACCGAGGAAAUCUUCUCCACCAAGCGACAACGCUCCGAGGGCAUUAUCGAUGGCAACUUCCUGAGCAUCGCCUUUGGCGGUGCCCUGCUGGUGAUCAUCACGGUUUCGGUGUACGCCUUCUACAAUCUCUACCAUGCCAUACUCAAGAAGUUCCCCUCAAAGCACGAGGAGCUGUAAGCUGCCAUGGCACGGCAAUGCUCUCUAUCCAUCUAAACAGUGUAUUACAAUUAUGCAUUUAAUAAUACAAAAAAUACGUAGUUUGA